AUGAAAUGGAGGUGUAUUGAUAAUGAUGUUUGUGUCUUCUGCAAUAGGGAGUCUGAAACUGUCACCCAUCUGUUCUUUGAUUGCAGUAUUCUUAGAGGCGUUCUGAAGUCUGUUAUGAAUGCUUGUGACAUCAAUAGAGACAUUGUUACUUGGAGAAGAGAAUGGUCAUGGUACACUAGAAAAACUGGAGGCAAGAGCCUGCUUGCUAAGGUCAGGAGAUUGGCGUUUAUUUGUACUAUCUAUCAGAUAUGGAGAGGAAGGAAUAAGAUUGUGUUUGAGAAAACCCCAGUGGAUGUUGAGGCUAUCAAAGCUUUGAUUAAGAGGGAUAUACUUAUGAAGCUUUUUGCUAAGAAGAGCAACUCUUUUUGCUUUCAGAACUUAUACCAGAAGUGGUAUAGCAUGUAA